CAUAAGCAAUGUUAUAAGCAAAUGGUCGGUGGAUUUCUUGAAAUCGCACCAUAACCAUAAUUCAAUAUUCAAACAUGACUUUACUAGCAUUAAUAAUGAAAUUAAUGUAAGGAUAUUGCAUUAUCAGAAUAAUGAAUUGCAGGAUGUUGAAAUUGUCUUAAUUUUGAAUAAUGAGAUUCCGAAAUUUUUG